AUGCGCAUUGCAACGCUCCUCGUCUUGCUGCCGGCGCUCGCCGUGAACCUCGCGUCCGCGCUCGCGCCCAUCAUCGUGCGCGGCAACUACAUGUACAACUCGGAGACGGGCGACCGCUUCUUCAUGCGGGGUAUGACAUACGAGUACGACGUGAGCGAUAAGAACUACGCGGCCAACUCCAAGGCCGCGAUCGCGCGCGCCGUCACCGACUUCAACGGGACGCUCAACACGCUCCGCAUCUACAACGUCAACCCCGAGAACAGCUACAAGGAGUUUAUGACCGACAUGGAGGCCGAGGGUAUCUACGUCAUGGUCUCAGCGUCGCCCUCGAACGUCGCGUACUAUGGCUCGUACAUGUACUCGACGAUCACGAAGAACCUCGCGGCCGACAGCCAGCCCACGUCCUGCUACCCGUCGUACCUGCUCAACUAUGGCAAGAGCAUCGCGCUCGCCUUCUCGCAGUACAACAACACGCUCGGCAUGGUCAUGGCCAACGAGGUCAUGCAAAUGUCGUUGCGCCCCGCCGCGUGCGUCAAGCAGUACGUUGCGGACGUCAAGAAUUGGAUGCGUGCCAAGUCGAGCAACAUGCGCGUGCUCCCGCUCGCCUACGCGGCCGCCGACAGCUCGUACUCUGGCGAGAAGGACGAUACGGAGAAGCCGGCGGUCGCGCCGGCCGCGGACGAGUACUCGGUCAUUAAGAUCCAAGGUCUUCUCUGCGGCGACAAGAUGGUCGACGGUGUCAUGCAGCAGAGUAUCGACAUUUACCUCCUCAACGAGUACCGGUGGUGCAACAGCAACAACUUUGGCAACUCGUACCAGCGCCUCCUCAACCUCGCCAAAGGUGUCCCGAUCGUCAUGGCGCUCGGCGAGUACGGCUGCGACCUCGUCAACCCGCGCACGUUUGACAUGAUCCCGUAUCUCUUCGACGACUCCAAGACGUCCAACGGCUUUACGGAUGUUUACUCGGGCGGCUACGCCUACUCGUUUGGCGAGGCGUCGCUGCCCAAGGGCUCCAACUUUCCGCUCUUCACGGGCGGCGACAUGGCCAUCUCGGGCAAGCCCGGCACGACCGCGACGCCGUCGUAUGCGAACCUCCUCUCUCAGUUCAAGAAAAAUCCGACCGCGGGCUUUACCAAGGCGGCGUGGAAGACGGACGACAAGUGCGCUUGGGUCCCGCCGCUUGCGACCAGCGUCGACGCCAGCAACGCGCGCGCCGCGUCCGGCUGGAUCCAGCCGACGUGCGACAAGAUCAAGGUCAUCUCGACCGACACGUGGACGACCGUGACGCGCGAAGGCAUGGUCUGCAACGACAAGGGCGGCACGUGCGACGUGCCGGUGCCGGCCGCGGCAACGUCACGGCGGGCGGCUUCGCGUGCGUGA